AUGGGCGAUGAGGUGAUCAAGGUAUGGACGACGGCAUCGAUUACCCGCCCUCACUUGCUGCCGUUGUGGUCAGGUUGGGGAGAGGGGGGGAGGGGAGGGGGCGGUUGUGAUUCUGUUUUCAUUUUCGAUUCCGGAAAUGAUCUAAUUUUGGAAAUCAACUGGUUCCGCGGGUGAGGUGGUCUCUGAUAUAAAUAAUCAUCACGUUCGGUCUAGUUCAUGAUAAGAGGGAUUGCUUCGCCUUUGCUGGUUCUCUGGUAUUCCGUUGACUAAACUAGUUCUCCUUCCUUCGAUGAAAUCGGACUCUCAAAACUUCCUGUUUAUAUGGUCACGGAGUCGUUGAAGCACAGAAAACGGAGAGAUUUAUGUUCUUCGCCAGACCGUGUGAAUUUAUCUAUGGAAUUAUAUUAUUCAUCCAGAAAAGCAGGAAUUUCUGGAUGUCCGAAAAUCCUUUUUCGUCAUAGUAAUAUGGCAUCAACUUCCUAUUAAACUAGUUCUUCACAAAAUAAAAGGUUAUCGUCAUGUUCUGAUUGAUAGCCCGGAACCGCGGUGAAAAAGUAAACCUUCUCCUAUUGGAGUAUCAAAAUGGCAUCAUGUCGUUUAUGUUACCUGAUUUUGCGAAUGUAUUGGAUCAUCCAAUCGAAAUUAGUCGAUGAUCAGUGGUGCUGUCUCUUCUCUAUAGACACAGUUUUCUUUAUCCCUUCUAAUAUGUCCCUUCUCCCGAUAUGGUGGCUUUGUCAUGUGGACGAAUGGGGUUGCGUGCAGCCAAGAGCAAUCAUCGGCUCUGAUUUGAGGUCCAAAUCGUGCCGUUACAUCUCGGAACCAGUUGGCAAAGAGUGGACUAGACCUAUUUUAUUUAUACCUCCCAGCUUUACUUGUUCUUUUUAAUUUUAGAUCAUUUUAACGUACCUCGCAUUGGAUAUUUUCUGUGAAUCCACAUCUUGAUCCAAUGUUAGCGUGCACUGAUUUAUUAAAAAAGAUCAAACAAGAAGCUUGCCCGUUUUCAAACAAGAAACCCACAAAUUUUCUGAUUUUUCUACCGUUUGAAUGUCAUGUUUUUUGGGUACCAAUGGUAUCUUAGAUGACAUCAGAUAACUUAACAUUUGUGUGUGGAAAUCUAUAUUUGGGACUAGAAGCGCAUCUUCAAAAGAAAUAAUGUGCAAGCCUUUUUCGAUGUUUUUGCUUAAUAGUUGCAAAUAGAUUGAAUUUAGUACAGUCGAAACUGACCCACAAUCUUUCAAUUUUCACUGGCACAGGAAGAGAGCUUUGUUGUGUGCACUCCAGAGAGUCAUGAAACAGUUUGCUGGGGCUGUGGUUUGCGCCUCCUUCUUUCAUCAUAUUCUCCUAUUUUCAAAUGCGGAUGGUGUGGAGCAAUAACAAACCAUAACUACAAAAGGAGGAAACCCGAUAGCACAUGCUUCUCUCGGUGGAGGCGUGUACGUGAUCGGCUGUUCAUCUCCAUUGUUUUCCUCUUCAUGUUCUUUGUAGUUGGUGAGUUGAAAGGAAACUAAGCUUUUUGUCUUCUGUAUGAUCAUGUGGCCUUGCAAGAACACUGGAGCGAGCUCAUCAUUUUGAAUCUGUGUUUAUGGUGUUUAUGAAUUACCCUGGCACUGAGAUGCUACAUUUCCUCACAAUGGGUUUUCUUUUGCUGAUAAUUACAGGUGGAGGUUUGUGGGCUAUUUACCCGAUUAUUUUUUCCAUCAGCUAUCUCUGUGGGGUGUUUCAUUGCUCAAUAGCCGGCAUAUUAUCCAUCAGCACCAUGUUCACCUUCUUUCUGGCUUCAUCUUGUUCGCCUGGCACCCCGCUUAGUGUAGUAUGGGGUGACUAUGCUGCUGUGAGUAAAGGGAGCCUUGAAGACUAUACCUUCUGCACAUAUUGUGCGAGGCCAAAGCCACCGAGGGCGCAUCACUGUCGUUCUUGCAGAAUAUGCGUCUUGGAUAUGGAUCACCAUUGCCCAUUCGUAAGUUCUUCUGUGAUUAAACACCUGAUCUCUGAGCUUUCUCCUUUCAGUUUGAAAACUUGAUUUCUGUUGUGCGCUUAGAAUUUUUUUUCUUUAGUUAAUAGACUGGACUUCCAGGGACUUUUAUUUAUGCAUUAGAGGCAAUAUAAUGUGCAUUUCGGAAAAUCUUUCUGGGGAGAAUAUCAGCAGAUUUCUGCACAAUUGACAAAUUUACCUUGAAAAGAGUCCGAAUAUUGAUUUCUUCUUUGCUGACAGGACAGUUCAUCCUCUCAGGAAAAGUGGAUGUUGUUUGCAUUGCAGUGUGCGUCCCAUGCUGACUGAGAGCUUCUUUCUCUCAAUAAAUAGAAAUGCCUAACUUCCUAGCUGAUGGUGUCUGGCAGAAGGUAGGGUUUCUCAAAGGAGCAGGGCGUAUAACAGAAGGACGAUCAGCCAAGAUGAAGCCAAACGAUGAAAUGUGAAGGAGGAAAGGGACGAUGAGAGAGAGAGAGAGAGAGAGAGAGAGAGAGAGAGAGAGCAGAUGUGAUCUAAAGAGAAUGGCAGCCAUAGUUAAAAUGGAGAAAAAAGCCAGAAAAAAGAAAAUCGAGUAUAGGGAUAGAAUUUUGCCCAUUUAAUCUGUCAGAAGAAUCCUCUAUCUCGGAGCAUUCUCAUCAAGAGUCUAAGUGGUGAAGCCCGCCUGAUCUGCCAGUGUGAUUGGGAAUGCUCUUCCCAUCUUUCUUGUACUGGGUUUUGUUGUACGAGGAAGAUCAACGGUCUUGUCACCGGAAGGGAUUUAGACGGACACUUCAGACGAAAUUGGUUGUAGACAAAAGUAGAAGACUGUAAACUAAAAUACCUAUUCGUAUUCUAAGAAGGAUAUUUGGUCGAUCAGGAAACAUGAAGAAAAUAGUAGGUUAGCCUCUUUCCAAGAAUGGCCAAUCAACGAGAAUGGAGGCUUCUACUAGAACAAGGAAGAUCGAGUCAUUGGGGAUUUGAACCUGCAAAUAUUUUUUUUCAUUCUUGAAAAUAAGUUUUUGCUAAAUUUUGUCGACCAUAUUGUCCUUAUUCUCUUUAUUUCGCUACCCUCUGUUUCUGGAGUCGGCAGAUUGCGACUCUGGGCAGAAAUUCCUUUUAAAAAAUGCAUUAAAGGGUAAAAAGGUCGUGAAUAAUUGAGAGAAUCUUUCUAUUUUCUCGCAUGCCUACCCAGAUACGUUUGAGCUCUAUUUCGUCGAUCUCUGUUGUCCUCUAGAGGAUCAUCUUAUGCAGUCUAUAGCGGAGCGGUGAUGCUACUUUGGUGUAUCUACAAGCCUCUGCCUGGAUUUGUUCUGAAGGAGUUCACGGAGUGAUGGUUCAAGGUGGAGAAAACCCCUCGUUCAUGUAUUGGUUCUCAUUGUUGAAGGAAGGUCGAUGCGUGGCCCUGCACGAUCCAAUCGGGGUGUUCUCCUGUUCCGGAACCCUCAUGAUCUCGAACAGAUCACACUAACUUGGGGAGAAAGGAAAGACAUCCCUGAGACUUAGUCCCUCAACUUCCCGUGCAUCUUCACCCACCGUGAUUUCUUCUAAUAAAACAUCGGUCGAUGCGGAUUGCUGUUCUUUCCUAAGCGAAGGGUCUAACCGGUGAUUCUUUCUGGCAGAUUAGCAACUGCGUGGGAGCGGGAAACCAUCGGUACUUCGUUUCGUUUCUGAUCUCCGCUGUCGUCAGCUGCACAUACAUUGUGGCGAUGGCGGCGUUCGCUUGGCACCGCAUGUGGCCGCCGCUGGUACCGGGGCGCCUCGCUUCCUCAGUUUCCUUCUACAGCUCGGGUUCAACGGGCAUCUUCAAACGAGCUCUCAUCGACAUGGCCGACGCCGCGCUGAUGUUAUCUCCAAGAGGGCUCCUCCUGCUGUAUCUAGGGAUCUCCAGCCUGUCGAUCCUGAUCGGCAUCAGCGUGCUCUUGUGGCAGCAGCUCAGAUAUAUCUACGAGGGGCAGACGUACUUGAUCCACUUGAGCUCCCAGGAUGGCGGCGGGUUCGAAGAUAAGGGCUGUCAGAAUAUUCUGCGGUUCUUCGGUUGCCCCCAUUGGGCUUACAGAUUGCUUCUAGUCUCUUCGUAUCCCGGGAAGCUCCAUGAGACGACCAACUCCAAGCUAUUGUGA